AUGGGAAACCAAGAAGGGAAUGGAAUUCGUGGAAUCAAGUCAAAGGGGAACAGAAAAGAAUACAAGGGAUUUGUGGCAGGAGUAUUCUCUGGCAUUGCCAAGUUGGGUGGCAUGCAUCACUUACCAUUGGUCAACAGCUUUGACACCAUCAAGGUUCGUCUUCAAACAACGAAAUCUUCACAUUUUAGCGGCCCUCUAGAUUGUCUGCUUCAGACUGUGCGGAAUGAAGGGCCAAGGGCCUUGUAUAAAGGUGCGACACCACCCUUGAUGGGAUGGAUGGUCAUGGAUUCGGUCAUGCUUGGGUCAUUGACGCUCUAUCGCCGUUUCUUGUUCGAACAAAUCUUUUCAAACAAACAACUACGACGACUGAUACCGUUUGCUUCGGACAAAAUCCCAGAUCGACUAUCCAGCUUUGGCCAUGGCAUCGCUGGAAUUAUGGCGGGCUCAACAGUGAGCUUUGUAGCAGCACCUGUUGAGCAUGUGAAAGCACGAUUACAGAUCCAGUAUGCAGCUGAUAAGAAGCAACGGCUAUAUAGCGGUCCGAUCGACUGUCUAAUCCUCCCAUUAAUCUUUCGUUCGUUCUCACAGCUUCGCGUACAUGGAAUCUCUGGAAUUUAUCGCGGUCUCGGCGCCACUUUGAUCUUUCGAUCAUUUUUCUUCUUCUGGUGGGGCACUUACGACAUUUUCUCGCGAUUGAUGAAGCAGCAUACUCGACUAUCCACACCCGCCAUUAACUUUUGGGCAGGUGGGUUGUCAGCGCAAGUGUUUUGGCUUACAUCAUACCCCUCUGAUGUCGUGAAGCAACGGAUUAUGACGGAUCCGUUGGGUGGGAAGCUGGGUGAUGGCGAAAGGAGGUUUCUACGGUGGAGGGAUGCAGCCAUGGCUGUCGCGAAAGAAAGCGGGUGGAGAGGAUACUGGCGGGGAUUCUUGCCGUGUUUCUUGAGGGCAUUCCCAGCGAAUGCAAUGGCGUUGGUGGCUUUUGAGGGAGUGAUGAGAUAUAUGGGAUAG